GACAGACUCCGGAAAGCUGGUUUCAGCUCCCCGCAUUGCCUCAGAUUCAGGCGUGAGUUUUGAUCUGUUUGUGCCUCAGGUCCCAGCCUCAUGUACUCAUUAAUGAGUGAAGGAUCAAAAGGUGGGACGGUGGCCAAGAAGCAAUGGAGAAUAAAAGCUUAGAAGGCUCGCCAUCAGAUCUAAAGUUAGUGGCUCAUCCAAGAGCAAAGAGUAAAGUAUGGAAGUACUUUGGGUUUGAUACCAAUGCAGAAGGAUGCAUAUUACAGUGGAAGAAAAUCUAUUGCCGCAUCUGCAUGGCCCAAAUUGCCUAUUCAGGAAACACGUCCAACCUUUCAUACCACCUUGAGAAAAAUCAUCCUGAUGAGUUCUGUGAAUUUGUGAAAAGUAACACUGAGCAAAUGAGGGAAGCGUUUGCUACUGCAUUUUCAAAACUGAAGCCAGAAUCAUCACAGCAGGUUGUUCAAGACACUUUAAUUAUGAAGACCAGCCACAAUUAUGAAAACAAAAAGCAUCAGGAAUUGACUGCUGCUGUGAUUAGCCUAAUUUGUGAGGGCAUGUAUCCUUCCUCCAUUGUUGAUGAACCCACAUUCAAGGCACUUUUGAGAACAGCAGAUCCUAGAUAUGAACUUCCUAGCAGGAAAUAUUUCUGCACAAAAGCAAUUCCUGAAAAAUACAAUGCUAUUAGAGAAAUUGUGUUAAAAGAACUUACUGAAAUUCUAUGGUGUGGCAUAUCCACUGAUAUGUGGAGAAGUGAAAACCAGAAUAGAUCGUAUGUAACACUUGCAGUUCAUUUUCUGAACAGUAGCCCUUCUAACUGUCUGGCUGUUAACUCCCGUUGUUUAAAAACAUUUGAAGUGCCAGAGGAAAAUACUGCAGAAACUAUUACACGAGUCCUCUAUGAAAUCUUUAUUGAAUGGGGGAUCAAUACAAAAGUCUUUGGUGCUACAACAGAUUAUGGUAAAGACAUUGUGAAAGCUUGCUCUCUCCUAGAUAUUCCAGUACAAAUGCCUUGUUUGGGGCAGACUUUUAAUGCGGGAAUACAACAAGCUUUUCAGCUUCCAAAACUGUGCAGCCUCCUUGCCAGGUGCCGAAAACUGGUGGAAUAUUUUCAGCAAUCCACAGUCGCAAUGUACAUGUUAAGUGAGAAGCAGAAGCAACAAAAUAUUCUCCACUGUAUGCUUGUAAGUGAUCGUGUUUCCUGGUGGGGAAGCACACUUGCCAUGUUGCAACGUCUUAAGGAACAGCAGUUUGUAAUUGCAGCAGUUCUUGUGGAGGACAGCAAUAACCACCAUCUGAUGCUGGAAGCCAGUGAAUGGAAUACAAUUGAAGGCCUGGUGGACCUACUUCAACCCUUUAAACAGGUUGCUGAGAUGAUGUCUGCUUCAAAAUAUCCAACUAUAAGUAUGGUGAAACCCCUCCUCCACAUGCUUCUAAAUACCACAUUGAACAUCAAAGAGAAUGAUUUGAAAGAAAUUAGCAUGGCCAAGGAAGUGAUAGCCAAAGAGUUAUCAACAACAUACCAGCAUACACCUGAGAUAGACAUGUUUCUCAAUGUUGCAACUUUUCUGGACCCUAGGUACAAAAAACUACCUUUCCUUUCAGCAUUUGAACGGCAACAGGUAGAAAACAGAGUGGUGGAGGAAGCAAAAAGCCUUUUGGAAAAAGUAAAAGAAAACACUUUCAGGCCUGAAGAAAAGUUCUUUACAGUGUCAGAAGAGCCACCUGUGAAAAAAAUAAUCAUCUCCUCUACUCCUCCCCCUACUAGCGCAAUCAAUAACAUGCUUGCGGAAAUCUUUUGCCAAACAGGAGGGGUGGAAGACCAAGAGGAAUGGCAUGCUCAGAUUGUUGAGGAAUUGAGCAACUUUAAGUCACAAAAGGUUCUUGGUCUAAAUGAAGACCCACUUAAGUGGUGGUCUGACAGACUAGCAUUAUUUCCUGUUUUACCAAAGGUACUUCAGAAAUAUUGGUGUAUUCUAGCCACAAGAGUCUUCCCUGAACGCCUUUUUGGUUCCUCUGCUAAUGUUGUAAGUGCUAAGAGAAACCGGUUAGCCCCAGCUCAUGUUGAUGAGCAGAUCUUUUUGUACGAAAACACUCGCAAUGUGUCUGAAGCAGAACCUGAAGAUGAGGAUGAAGGCGAGUGGGGCUUGGAACAGGAACAGAUUUUUAAUUUAAAUGACACAGUAAAUGUAAGCAGCAAUUUCUUUAAUAUCCGAGACAGUGGGUUCAUUUAACAGGAAUACUAUGGUACAUUAAAUAACAAAGAAAAGGUAUUUGUCUUAAGUUACCAAAAUUGUUCUGUUUGAUGCUAUGAAUACUGUAAAUAUUGAACAAGCGUAAAGACUUUGGUUUAAGCUUUUAUUGUAUAUGUCUUGCCCACUAUCUUAAAACAUGAAUAAGGUGUGAUUAUAUAGCACUGAAAUGAACAAGGAAGUAAUUCUGCAAAGACCAUAACUCCUGACUCUGGCCCCAAUUUCAGGAAAGCACUUGUGCAUGUGUUUAGUUCCUGUGUACUUCAGUAGGACUUGAAUGUGCUUAAGUGCUUUCUGUAAUAGGAAUGUGUUCUGAAUUUAGACCCUAAACAGAGAAGUUUUAAAGAUGUACAAAUCCACUUCUGAAGCCAACAUGGGUUAGGAUUUCAAAGUUUAAAUUCCUAAAUUUAAAGUUGAUUUAAAAAUCCGUAAGUCAGAUCUUCAAAGACUCUUACAAAAAUAUUAGGAAGAAACUAGACAAUAAAUAACUUUGAGCCUGAUUUUGUCACUACCUCAUACUUUUGGCCUCGUCUACACUGCAAGUUCUACUGGUAUAACUACAUCAAUUAGGGAUGUGAUUUUUGUAUUGACAUACAGGUAUAGGCUCUAGUGUGGAUGCAAUUAUACCGAUAUAGCUUUUUUGCUUCCCAAACCCAAUAAGCUAUAUUGGUAUAAGCACUUUUAUGCCAGUAUAACUGCAUCCACACCGAGGGACAUUUUGUCACUUAGUCAUAUUAGUAUAGUUAAAGUGGUAAAACUUUCUAGUGUAGACAAGCCCUGAUGUCACCCUUACAUUUAUACUAAGUAGAUGGAAAUCACAGUCACAUCAGAAUUGUGGCAUUUUACACUCACUUCGUGUGAGUCUAAGUCAGUGGUUCUCAAACUUUUGUACUGGGGACCCCUUUCACACAGCAAGCCUCUGAGUGCGACCCUCCUUGUAAAUUAAAAACACUUCAAAAAAUAUUUAACACCAAUAUAAAUGCUGAAGGCAAAGCAGGAUUUGGAGUGGAGGCUGACAGCUCAAACUCUCCAUGAAAUAAACUUGUGUCCCCCUGAGGGGUCACAAUCCCCAGUUUGAGAACACCUGGUCUAAGUGGUGGCUGCACAAGGUGUAAAGCAGCAAAGAAUCAGGCCCCUGAAGAAUGGGGGAAGUAGGGAGAUUGGAAAAUGGCAAGGAUCAUAGUUGUUUUUAUUUGUUUUUAUACAAAUUGUUUUAAUGGACUUUGACCAGGGGAUUAGAAAGAUCUUUGGUAGAAAAAGCCUUUCAAAAAAGUAAGCUUUAAUUUUGUGUAAAUAUAUUUAAGCAGGGAAAACAACCCUCACACAAGUUGUUAGACUUUGAUAAUGUUUCCUGUUAUGUCAGCACUUAAAACUUCCUUUUCCCCUUCUUCCCUUUAGAGUCAGUUUGUAGAGGGCUUUGGUCUGGCCCACCUCAAUACUAGUUCUGAUUAAUCAUUAUGUGUACUGCAGUAGCUCCCCCUGUGUCUCUAUGCCUAAAUAUUUUAACUCUUUUUGAGUACUUAGCAAAAUAAAAUAAUAAAAUGCAUCUCUUAGGAAGAGCUGCAGGUCUAAAACAAGUCUAUAGUCCACUUUUUGCCUGAGAGUGGGGAGGCAGCCAGCAUAUUUUGCUUAUGCACAGGGGGACUUUUGGAACUACCAUAUUAUAGGCAAAGUUUUUUUUUCUUUUUUCAUUUCCCAAUUGGAAAUCUUCUGGGAAUAUCGCUCUUACCGAAUAGAAGACAUAUUGUCAUUAGUCUAUAACAGGGAUCGGCAACCUUUGGCAUGCCCUGGCAGGCCGGGCCGGUUUGUUUACUUGCCGCGUCCACAAGUUCGGCUGAUCGCAGCUCCCACUGGUCGUGGUUCGCUGCUCCGUGCCAAUGGGGGCGGUGGGAAGUGCAGGCCAACACAUCCCGCACCCCGUGCCGCUUCCUGCAGCUACCACUGGCCUGCUGCAUCCAGUGGCAGCCGUGAUCGGCCGAACUUUUGGACGCGGCAGGUAAACAAACUGGCCUGGCCCACCAGUGCGCUUACCCUGGUGAGCCGUGUGCCAAAGGUUGCUGAUCCCUGGUCUACAAUGUAGCAUGAAGGUAUAGGUGGGAUUUCCCCUGAAAGUCUGUGUAUCAUGUGAUCUUGGAAAUCAUUCAGCUUUUGCAGAGAUCAGAGACAUUCACUCUGUUGUCUUAGUCUCACUGACUAUGCUAUAAAAUGCGUGUGUACAUAUAGCACUCAGAUACUGCGAUGAUGGACAGCAGUAUAAAAUGCUAACACAACAUGUAUAUGUGUGUGUCUGUGAUUGUCUUACGCAACAUUGAUUUGGAGAGAUGUUCACCAGAGACAGUUCAGUGUAUUAUUAUGGGAUCAUUAUUUGGAAUUCAUAAUCAUAGAUGGUUUUAUAAAGGGGCUGGUCAAAAGUAACACAAAAGUGAGAUUUACAGUGAUAUUUAAUAUGCUGUGUCACUUGUACUAUCAAGCUGUGUAUGUUUACAUUUUGUUUUUAUAGUUCUCACCAACCGAUGCACAGUAUGAUCAUUUGGCAGUAGGUGGGGAGUGAGAUUAGAAUCAUGAAACAAAUCAAAUGGUGUAAAUUAUCCGGCAGCCUUUAGUUAAUGAAAAAUGACUGUAAAUGGUGGUCUAACUUGUACAGACUUAGCAUUCAGAGGGCGCAAUUCUUCACUACCUUGAAUCUUGUGUCAUUAUUUAUACUCCCGGAAAGUGCAUGUAAAAUGCACCAUUCUGAUAUGAUAUCACUGUACAUCCAUUUUGCACAGAUGUACGUGACUACAGAAUGUGCAAGGCUGUAGGAGAUUGGGCCCAGAGAAUGUGCAAAACAAGUGUAGCUUACAUGUGUAGGAAGCAUAGUAGAAUAAUUAAUUAACUGGAGGGAGAAAGUUAAAGCAGGCCUCUUAGCUGAUUUUCUUUUUACACCUGCUCAGUGUAUAAGUUACACUUAUUUUACACAUUGAUUGCCAAGCUGAUGUAACUUACACUACCACAUCAAUUUUAAGAGUAACUUUUACCACAAUUUGUCACCUAAUGAAUUUGUCCCUAAAGGAGCUGAAGCUGUUAACAUAGAGCUUAAUUUGUGCCAGGGUUGAGCCCCAGCACCUCUGGGCUUGCCACGUGAGGAAUGAAAGUAAAAAAAAAUUUCUUGAGACCUGGCACUUCUUUCAUUAAAAACUAAGCACUGUGUUAACACCAGAGGUUUGAAUCUCCUCUUACACUACUGUAAUUAGGAGUAGCUUAACUGAAAUCAGUGGAGUUACACCAAUGUUAAAAAAAAAAAAAUCAGCCCCUCUUCUCCCCCCCAGGUCUGAAUUCAACUUCUCCGACCCCUGUUUCCAUGUAGACCAUCUGAAGGCUAAAAUUAUCAUGCAAUGCAACCUGUUUUCUCCCCAAAUCGCUUUCACCAAUACCAGUGCAAUGCACUGUUUUGUUCCUUCUGGUCUUUUAAUUUUUGGUAUCCAAAAUAAAAUGGUAAUUGGUUCAGUUGACAUGUCUCAUUGUUCUAAGACAAAGCCGUUGUUAAUCCUACCCAUUGUCUGUGAGUUUUUAUUUAAUGUGCUAAGCUUAGAAUAUUGUUAAAUAAACCAGAGAAAUAAAUUAGCUACUAAUUUA